UCUCUCUCUCUGUGUGUGUCUGAAUAUCCCUUGCUUUAUGUAUCGCUCUUCUUAAAUCUUAGAACUUUAACAGCUUACUGAUUCAUUCAAGAUGAGCAGCGACGGAGAAUUUGGUCGCAUCCGGUGGCUGCUAGGUUUCGGUUUCUUCGUUCAAGGAUUUAGGGGCUUCCCGUGGCUGGGAGCCAAUUUCUUCCUCACCGAUGAGCUCCGUGUCAACCCUUCAGUGUUGCAACUUCUCCAGAACUCGGCGAAUCUUCCAAUGGUUGCUAAACCCAUCUACGGUAUCGUUUCCGACGCUGUCUACUUCUUUGGCCAGCAUCGAAUCCCUUACAUCGCAUUUGGAGCCUUGCUACAAGCAAUCUCAUGGCUUGCUAUAGCUUUCUUGUCAAGAUCAAAUGUGUCAAUCUUAGCCUUGUCACUCUAUCUUCUCCUUAGUAAUCUCGGUGCUUCGAUAGUAGAAGUAGCAAACGAUGCCAUUGUUGCCGAGGCCGGAAAGCAAAACAACCCUUCAUCAUCAUCACAAGUCUCUUCUUCUUCUUCUUCUUCUUCUUCAUCUGGUGAGCUGCCUUCGUUUGUUUGGAUGGCUGCUUCUCUUGGUGGAAUCCUUGGAAACCUUUUAGGUGGUAUUGCCAUCAAAACGAUUUCCGCUCAGUCAACAUUCCUCGUGUUUGGCUUUCUUGCUCUUGUUCAGUUCUUUGUAACCAUAAACAUCCGAGAAAAGUCUCUUAAUCUUCCUAAAAACCCAUCACCCUCUGGUAUCAGAAAUCAUCUCUCUGACCUUUCACGUGUGUUGAGGAAGCCCGAGAUUUCUUACUCCAUAGCCUGGAUCGCUUUAUCAACAGCUGUAGUUCCUGUCCUAACAGGGACAAUGUUCUUUUACCAAACAAAGUUCUUGAAAAUCGACGCGUCACUUGUAGGAAUCUCCAAGGUGUUUGGUCAAAUAGCAUCGCUCUUGUGGGGCGUUGCGUACAACCGUUGGCUCAAAUCCACACCUCCCAGGAAACUGAUCACAGCCAUUCAAGUAACGAUUGCUGUUUUCGUGAUAUCUGAUCUCUUGUUCGUGAAAGGCGUGUACCGGGAUUUGGGUGUGCCGGACUCUGUAUAUGUAAUCUUCUUCUCUGGAAUCUUGGAAACUCUGUUUUAUUUCAAGACUCUGCCUUUCACCGUCUUGAUGACACGGCUAUGUCCUCCUGGAUGUGAAGGGUCUCUCAUGGCGUUUGUCAUGUCAGCCAUUGCACUCGCCUUCAUAGUUAGCGGAUAUCUUGGAAUCGUUCUCGCAUCAUUCGUCGGCGUAACGGUGGAUGAUUUCUCGGGUUUUACUCGUGGACUCGCUAUCGAAGCGAUCUGCGUUGGAGUUCCUUUGGUCUUAACCUCGUGGAUAUACGAUGAAACUGAAACAAAGGAGAAAGUUAAAAAGAAAGAAUGAGUUGUUUGUGUAUAUAGAUUUCUGUGUGACAUUCUUUGUGGUCGGAGGUUUCUUAGUUUCUCAUCGUUUACAUAGUGGAACAGUCACUUUGAUUUGGCUUCACACAAACCAAAAUCUUGUCGAUUGUAGAAGUAUAGAGUACUUUGUGUAUUUGUGACUAUUUCAUAGUGAUUAUACUCUACUGGUUUAUGUUCA